AUGUCACUACCGAACACAACCUACCCUCAUCUGCAUCCAACAGCCAACGGGAAGCAGCUUAUCGUCAAUGGCAAACCUUUCCUUUCUCUAGCUGGGGAACUCCAGAACUCCUCCCUAACCUCGACGAAAUAUAUGGAUACAGUCUGGCAAAAGCUCGUCGACACUCAUAUCAACACUGUUCUCGGAUGUGUUACCUGGGAGAUGAUCGAGCCGACCGAAGGCCAGUUUACUUUUACCGAACUGGACAGUGUUAUCUUAGGUGCGAGAAAGCACCGGCUACGGCUCGUGCUACUGUGGUUUGGUUCGUUCAAGAAUGGUAUAUCGACGUACGUGCCAACUUGGGUUAAGACCAAUCCAAAGCGGUUUCCUCGCGCCAAGUUAAGGAAAGCUGGGGGUGUUCUUCAGACUGCCGAUGUACUAUCAAUCUUCCACGACGAAGCGCCGAAAAGUGACGCAAAUGCAUUUUCCCAUCUCAUGCGUCAUUUACGAGAGUUCGAUGGCAAUCAUUCAACUGUCAUAAUGGUGCAAGUCGAGAAUGAGACAGGCUUGCUCGGCGACUCGCGAGAUGGGUCGUCGGUCGCCGAAGAACGCUUCUCUCAACCUGUGCCGGACGACUUGCUCUCUUUUCUAGCCCAUGACUGGGACCAUCUUCAUCCCGACCUCCGAAGCAAUUUGGUCCACUUCAGGGCUAAUGCCCAACCACGCGGGUCAUGGGUAGACGUAUUUGGUCGAGGAACCCACACGGACGAACUCUUCAUGGCUUACCACUACGCACAUUAUCUGAACCAGGUCGCUACAGCGGGAAAGCAAGAAUACCCAAUUCCCCUCUAUACAAAUGUGUGGCAGAACUAUGUGGGAGAGGAUGGGGAUAAUGGUUUCCCUGUUGUUGCAGGGGGCGGUGGUCUGCCUGGUGACUAUCCAUCCGGCGGCGGUACCAGCAAUGUCCUUGACAUCUGGCAGCAGUUUGCCCCGGCACUAGAUUUCAUCGCUCCCGAUGUUUAUCUAAAUGACUAUGCUCAGUCCUGUCGUAAGUACCGUCAUCGCAACCAACCACUGUUCAUUCCGGAGCAGCGACGUGAUGAGUACGGAGUACGACGGAUCUGGACCGCCUACGGAUCAUACCAAGCGAUCGGAGUGUCACCUUUUGGCGUCGAUACCCUCGAGCCAGCUAGCAAUCCAUUCACCAAACACUAUGCAUUGCUGAACUCCGUCUCGCAAAUUGUGCUUGAUGCACAGCGGCGACCGGGCUCGUCGGUCGGCUUCUUUUUCGACGAGCUUGCGGACAAUGGUUCCGACCCGUCAAAGCCGGUUGUCCGGCACUACGAGGAGUUUGAGAUUACCAUUGAACGCUGCUUUGUCUUUGGCAAACCUGGCCCGGGCUCUGGCAUGGUGAUACACCUUGGUGGCAGCAAGUUCUUGUUGAUCGGCUGGGGAUUUCAGGUGCGCGCGAGCUCGUUGUCCCCGACCGCGACGUUCACCGGUAUUCUACGGUUCGAAGAGAAAUUCGUCGUGAAUCAAGAGACGGGCGAACUCAAGACGCUGAGGGUGCUCAAUGGCGACGAGACACGAAGCGGGAGUUUUGCCAUGAUGCCUAACGAGGACCCAGACUAUGGCGGGUUUCCUAUCUGUGUGACGAUCCCUGCCUCGUCACUUGACUUCCCCUUCGCGCUCUUCCUUCUUCUCUUUCUUCUCCUCCAAUUCACCUCCGAAAAGGCCACUCACGUCCCAAUGGGUCUCAUCAAACGAUUCCUGAAGCUCUCCACCUACGGAGGCCUCGCCUCGGCGGGCGCCUUCUUCUAUACCACGCGCAAUGACGUCUUCGUACCGAUGUUGCCCACGGAUCCCAUCUUCCAAUCCGCCGCCUACCGCAAGUUCAAUCCCGAACAAAACCCGACCACCCACGACCUUUGCGUGCGCAAAGUACCCCUCUCCGACAUUAACCCGACGUUGCUCGAGAAGAAGGGCAAGCUGGCUGAAGCCUUCUGUGCUGGAGUCUGGAGCGGCUGGGGUUAUGCCUUCCAACGCGCCUACCUCGCCCGGAAAUACCAAGGCCCCGAGACCGCGAACCACCUCUGGGAACGGUCGGAAUUGAAGGCCUCCACCUAUGAUGUCGGCACCCUGAUCACCGACCACUUCGAAGUUAUUGAGAAGACCCCCGAGCGGAUCGUGGUCCGCUGCGGUGAUAGCCCCCGCAAACAGGACGUCCGUGAAUCGGACGGUCUCUUCGAAAUGUCCGCCGUCGUUAAGCCCGAGGAAGGAGUGGCGGAGUUUGCUCUCAAGAGCUGUUUCUACCGAGGAAAAGGGAAGGCCGAGAACCAGCCGAUGCCGCCGCAUAUUCUCUGGCUGCAUAAGCAGUAUACGAAGUUGUGGGCUGAGACUGCCAUCCGCAAUGUUCUCCGCCAGUGA